AUGAUAAUUUUAGUAUUAGUCUCAGUCUUAAGAUUUGGAAAAAAUAUCAUAACAAAAAAAAAAACUUCUUCAGCUAUUUGAAUGGAGUAAACUUGAUUGAAGUUCAAUUAACAACAUCGAACUUUGAUGUUGAUACCAAAUAAAACGCACCUUUAAUUACAAAUAUAAAUGUAGCGUGUUAAGCGAAAUGUCCCUUAAACCAAACCAGGCAUUUCACCCCUCGACAUGAUCUAUCUAUAUCUAUACCCUCGAUGAACAAAAUAUUACUAUAAUGUGUAUAAUCUAUAGUGUUAAUGCCAUAUCUACUGUACAAAGGAGACAUAGCCGUCUCAGUUUGAUUGAAUUCAAGGACAGUUCAAUCAUGUACCAAGUGGACGCUAGUUUGCGCGCUGGGUGACUUGGCGCACGCUUGUACUUGUGAUAUAUGAUUAUCAUUGUACAAAUGACAAAACAAAUUCAGAACAUGCUUGAUUUUGUACUACGCGACACUGGCAUAAAUUGCUGACACUAAGCAGGUGUGGCGGAUAGCCAUCAUAUAACGCAAGAUAAUAAUUGACAGAUGCCUGAAUCUCGCUUACGACAUUUACAAGAUAAAGCGCAUAUAUACAAGUUCCGAACAACAACAUUCGCCAUUCCCGAUCCUGCGGACAGAAUGGAAAGCAGUCGACGUCGCCCAAAACACGUCAUCUCGGAUCCUUCCGAUCCACUAACGGUGCUUUUAGGUACCUCAAGCACCGGUCACCGUGCUCGUCGAACCCGUCGCUUGCGACGAAGGGCUCGACGAGUAAAUUAACCCUCAGACACAGCCCACUGAGUUUCUCGCCGGAUCUUCUCAGUGGAUCGCGUCUCCGAUCCGGUGGUAGAUUCUGCGAAGCACGGCUCUUGCUAGGGUUCGUGUUAGCAACGUCGUCAGGUUUGAGCCCCGUGAGCUCACCUACUAGUAAGGUUACGCUGGAAUAGCCUCUCAAGGCUACCAGCUUUAGUAGGAAUAAAAAAAACAACAUUCGGACCGUCGCGUCGGUCUACCGAGCAAAUAUCACUCGCUCGGUGGAAGAUCUUCCCUUUGUCGUAUAUAUCUCACUAAACUGGUGACCCACGACUACGAGCACCCCGGAGAAACAGAUGUCGGAAUCCAGCGGAUCGGACACGGCGCGUUCGCAGGUAACCACACGACCACGUCGACACGUCAAGAUGGCGUCGCCUGUCGAGCCAGCGUGCCCGAAUACACAACUACCCUCUAUACAUAUCAGGAUACCACUGCUCUGGCCUGAAAAACCAGCUAUAUGGUUCGCUCAAGUCGAAGGACAAUUUGCAGUGAUGCGUAUUACCCAUAGAUUAUACACUUAAUAUAUUCGAGAUAUUACCGAUAAUGCGUCCAAAUGUUGUUGUUCGGAACUUGUAUAUAUGCGAGCUUAUCUUGAAAAUGUCGUAAGCGAGAUUCAGGCAUCUGUCAAUUAUCUUGCGUUAUAUGAUGGCUACCCGCCACAGCAGCUGUAUUGUCAGGCUGCCAAGAAUUAUACAAAAAAAAGAAUAUUUGAUGUUGUAAUGUCGAACUGGACAACUACACAUUCGCGUUUUUGAGCAUUUUUAAUUUACAUAAUAAAAUAUUAUCUAUUUACAUAGUAAAUAAUUUUAAAAACAAGCCACGAACUCAGCAACUCAUUUAUUUAAGUUUAAUUUUUUUAAAAAAGACGAAACAUUCUCUUUGUACGCGGCCGCCGCCCGCGUCGCCCGCGUCGCCUCGCAUUAGCGCGUCUAUAUAGUUGUUGUGUGACUCAAACAUAAGGAAGUCAUAAAGACAUUAAGCUGCGUACGUGAAUUAGAUCAGGGUACAUAAUAAUAGUGGGUCAUCAGCCAGUGGGCACGCGUGACCCCGAGCUGCGACCACUGGACGAGAGAUAACUUCUCAAAUAACAUUCUGGAUUAUUUCAUUACAUUAUAUGUUUACUAUACUUCUAAUAUACCUAAUACCUAAAUGAUCCUAAAUUUUAAAAGACACUCAAAUAUCCGGUCAUCGGUCCUACCUAUUUGGCUGCUAUUUGGCUGAGAGACUCAGUGGUAGUUAGAGGAUGUUCCAAAGAAUAAUAAAAAAAUUUGGUAUGGUUUAUCUCGGCGGCGGCUCUUCCAGCGAGAUCUUUGCUUUAAAAACUGUGUCAAUAUUUUUUAAUAAAUAUGUAGAUCGCAAGUACGUCUGUUGCUUGAGAUACGUACAUUAAGUGAACUGGACGAGUGCUGGGGAACGAUCGCAUGAGGAUCCCGCUACAAGCUACGGCUCUUCGAUCGGAGCCCAGGGUUCGUGUCCCGAGCGGGCCAGCGACAUCCAUUGUCUUUGAGUUCGGCUCUACACCAGGUGUCCCAGGUGAGCGGCAGGCGCGUUAGCCAAUCUAGAGCAAUAAAUAUUUAAAGUAAAACCAUUUUGUUUUACGUUUUUGAAGGCUUAUUGUAAUGACCACGUUGUUCUUGGAAUAAUGACUUGAAUAGUACAAGUAAAUCGAAAGUGGAGGAGCGAACGAGGGCGUCGCGCGCGCUCUCAGUCGCCCGCUGUCCCCGGACCUGACUGUACCGCCGGGCGCCCCUCGCCGCGCUGGACCCACAUCCACGGAGCAGGAUGCUCAGGUCCACGGGCCUGUCGAAGGUGUACUGCCGCACCGCAGUGACGCUGAUGCUGUGUGCGACUUGUUGCUCAGGAGGAGGCAUCUAUAGCUUGAACGAGAGUGAAUAUCGCAGGAUGCCGGCGCUGUACGCGCUAGACGAAUACGAGCCAUGUCUGCAGCAGGGCGGUCCGUACUGCCUCCUCGAUGCGGACCUGCUCCCCGGGACUGAUUCCAGCCUCAUGGACCUAAUCCAGGGCUACUCUGCGCACCGCGUGAAGCACUUCAACCACACCCAGAUCCACCGCGGAGUCUGUCUCAGCACCUCGUGUGCACACGUCAACCGCACUGCACUAGGAAUAGAACGAGCCCUCACACAGUGUCUCAACCAAACUGUCUCGAAGGCGUACGGGCUCCAAGUUAAGCUCGCUAAGCUACACUACUGUGUCCGAGAGGGAGAGAGCAGCCCGUUCGACGCGAGCGACCACGUGGUUGCUGUUCUUUAUUUACUUGUGAUGCUGUUGAACGCUGUGGGGAGCUGCUAUGAUCUUAUCAUAUGUAAGAAUGGCAAGGGGAACCCGUGUCUGUUGGCGUUCUCAGUGCAACGUAAUUGGAAGCGGCUGGUGUCGCCGAGCCACGCGCUGCGGGACCCACGACUCGACAGGCUGAAAGCAUUCCACGGAAUCAGGACGCUGACGAUGCUGUGCGUGUUGUUCUCCCACACGGUGCUGAUCAUGGCCUACUCGUACGUGAACAAUCCGCUCUACAUAGAGAAGGCUUACGACGAUCCCCUCAAACAAAUAUUGUUCAACGGCACCCUGGUGACGCACACCUUCUUCGUGAUGUCCAGCUUCCUCCUCGCGUACAACUUCCAGAUCUACGCGGAGACCCACGACCUCACCUGGACCCACCUGCCUAAGGCUGUACUACUCAGAUGGCUCAGACUGACUCCAACGUACGGCCUGGUGCUGGCGACGAUCUCCACGCUGGGCCGGCACGCGGGCGCCGGUCCGCUGUGGGGGCUCGUGGUCGGCAGCGAGGCGGCCGCCUGCCGUCGCUACUGGUGGGCGCAUCUACUUUACAUCAACAACUACAUCUACGAAGACGCAUUCUGUGCACCGCAGACUUGGUACCUGGCAGCGGACACGCAGCUGUUCUGUGUGGGCGUGGCGGUGUGCGUGUGUGCUCGCCGGCCGCGUGCCCGCGCGGUGUGCCUGGCGGUGCUGCUCCUCCUCUCGCUGCUGACUCCGGCACUGCACACGUACUUGCAACACCUGGACGCCGUCGUCCUGCAGUCUCCCGAGACAUACAGGAACCUCUACGAGCGCGAGGACACGUUCCGGCUGCUGUACAUCCGCGGUCACACCAACCUCUCCACGUACACGCUGGGGCUGGCGGGCGGCUUCUUGGCCUACCGCGCCCAGACUCAGCCUCAACGUUUCACUGGAUACAAGAAGCACCGCUGGCUGGUGUGGCUGCUGCUCCCGCUGGGCGUGGCGGUGAUCCUGUCGGGAGGUAUAUUCUACAGGGACGGCGUGGAGCCCCCGACAGCGCUCAGAGUGAUGUACGCUGCACUCUACAAACCUAUUUUCCAGCUGCUCGUCGUCGCUCUGAUCUUGUCUUGCGUUUUGAAGCUGGAAAACAGCUACCGCGCGGUGGUGGAGUGGCGCGGCUGGGGCUGGAGCGGCCGGGUGUCGUUCAGCGCGUUCCUGCUGCACACGCUGUUCCAGCGCGGGCUCGUCGGCUCGCAGACCGCGCCGCUGCACAUCUCCGACUACUACGUCGUGACGGUGCUGUGUGCCACGGCGGUGAUGUCGUACGUGUGCGGGUGCGCACUGUAUGUGUGCGUGGAGGCGCCGAGCUCCGCACUCACCCGCGCCCUCUUCGGCCCGCACCCCCCGCGCACUCCUCGCACGCGUCCCGCCCCCCUCUCUACAAACAAGACAACAUCUGACCUCUGAAUACAUACCUGUGGCUAUACA